CGAAUGCUGAACAUCUGCGUGGUGAUGCUGGGAUUUAGAGUAACACUGUGUGAAGGAACUUAAGUGGCAAACAGCAAUUUGAUACGGAACGUCAAGCAAGUUGAAUGUGUAUCGUGACACUAUGAUGAUUUACCUUUUGGCGCGGUGCACCUUGCGCCUGCCCGGCCCCCGGAGGUGGCUGGCGGGGCGGCGGGGGCCUGAGGGCGCAGCGCGCGCCGAUCCAGAGGGCGAGGGAGCCAUCCCCUUCUCUGCCAGCAAGGCCAGCCCGCGGGUGUGGAGCGUCAGCCAGUCUAUGGGGAGUGACUACCAGAGGCCGUGGGUGAAGGUGCUGCCUCUCAGCCUGCUGUGCAGCGGGCUGUUGCUGUGGUGCGCGUUUCGGGAAAAAACGGAGAUUGACGAGCGACUGGAAGCCAUAUUCUCUGGUCAGAUCGUGGACCCUUUUGAUGCGGCACAGCAAAGCAAUGCGCCUUCGCAGCUACAGAAGGAGAGAUGAUGAGCACAGCCGUGGUGAAGGAGCUGCCGAAGGUUCGCUGGUGUUCAGCUGGUUAAAGGCUGCUCUGACACUUGAUUUGGAAAAUGUGUUCUUCCGUCCUACCACCAGCCUUAUCUUGCAAGCGGGAUUUAUUUAUCUUGCUGCUUUUUUUUUUUGUUUGUAUUUACUUAGUAACUUACAGUGAAAGCAGAAGGACUAGUCCUUUCCUGCAUUGCAUGGCAGGGAUGGACAGCAUGGGUUGCAAACCAUCUUGUGUUUGUAGAUCUAUUGUGUUCGGCUCUUUUUUUUCCAUGGAUGGUUUUUUCUUGGUUGCACAGUGUAUUAAAAUGUCAAAGCUGUAAGUCUGUAACUUGGUUGCUGAAGGUGACCUUCAGCUGACACUUUGCUAGUCAUGGAGUGCAUUCACAUAAUACUGAGCACAACUCUAUUAAUGUAUGAUUGAUUAAUGUUCGGAUUACUUUGUAAUUCUACUAAAUAAUGCAGAGUUUACUUAAUGCAUAAUUAGUGCUUGUUUUUUGCAGCAUAAUUUAGACGUGUUUUGCAGGAACUCUUAAGUGAUUGGCCUGCAUCGUGUGGGGGAGGGAACUCCUAUUUUUGCAGAACAGCAGAGUAUCUAAUUUUUCUUCUGGAUUUUCAGACACUCAAAACUUGUCCAUGCUGGAGACUUGCCCGGGAGAGGAAGGAAAAACCACUGGUGUGACUUAGUUCUCUUUCAAGUUAGAUGUAUAUUUUUUUUAGGCUUUCAUCUGUAAAGAUGUGAAGCUUCUUGAAGGCCUUCAUUAAAAAUCAAACAGAAAUCCCUACAGCACAGCAGCAGGGGGUAAUGCCCAGUAACUGAGCAGAGGACUACCAAGCACUACGUUGUCAAAGGAAAUAAAGGGUUCACCUUUUGGGUGUGCGA